UUGUAUCGUAAGGGAUGAUGUGUUUUUGUACUAAUGUUCAUGUUUGGAAGAGCGCGCUCACCAUCCAGUUUUUUCAGAAGAUCUUUGUGUCUGACUAUGACCCCACCAUCGAGGACUCCUACCUGAAACACACAGAGAUAGAUGGACAGUGGGCCAUCCUGGACGUGCUGGAUACAGCAGGCCAAGAGGAGUUCAGUGCUAUGAGGGAGCAGUACAUGAGGACGGGGGAUGGCUUCCUCAUCGUGUUCUCUGUGACAGACAAGGCCAGCUUUGAACAUGUGGACCGCUUCCACCAGCUCAUCCUCAGGGUCAAAGACAGGGAGGCCUUCCCCAUGGUGCUGGUGGCCAAUAAGGUGGACUUGGUUCACCUCCGCAAAAUCACCAGCGACCAGGGGCAGGAAAUGGCUGCCAAACACAAUAUCACGUACAUUGAGACAAGUGCCAAGGAUCCCCCUAUGAAUGUGGACAAGGCGUUUCAUGAACUAUUCAGGGUUAUAAGGCAGCAGAUCCCAGAGAGGAGCCUGAAGAAGAAGAUGAAGUGGUGA